UCCUGACUAAAUCACGUGAGUUAUGAAAUACAGGAAACCUACAUUAGUUUGUUUUUCUUAAGGCAAUUUGCUAGUGCGCUAAAGUGAUGCAAUAUACCGAGAACAACAGAAAGACAUAUAUCGGUUUAUGUCACUUCACAUCUUUAUUCUGACCUAAAAAAAGUUUACAUACACGCAUAUAGUGUGUAUAGUGUGUUAGUCUAAGGGGAGAUUUAAUAAGUUAUUGAACCCCGAUAAAUGGAAUAUGUUUGUUUGGCAUGGUGACGUAGCUCGAGAGCCGAGAAGGCGCAAUGGACCCCCCACCCAUCCCCUCUCCAGGGUGACGUCAAAUUGUAGCGACUGAGACGGGUUCUCAAAAUCAAAACGAAAACACUGGGCGCCUUUGUUGUAUUUUCUACAAAACACAGCGAAAUGCCCAAAGUAAAGAGGAGUCGGAAGCCACCCCCAGACGGCUGGGAGCUCAUUGAGCCCACUUUGGACGAGCUGGAUCAGAAAAUGAGAGAAGCUGAAACAGAGCCUCACGAGGGAAAGCGAAAGGUGGAGUCCCUUUGGCCAAUUUUCAGGCUGCACCAUCAGCGGAGUCGAUACAUCUUCGACCUCUUCUACAAAAGGAAAGCCAUCAGCAGAGAGCUGUAUGAGUAUUGCAUAAAGGAAGGCUAUGCAGACAAGAACCUGAUUGCCAAGUGGAAGAAACAGGGCUACGAGAACCUGUGCUGCCUGCGUUGCAUCCAAACAAGAGACACCAACUUUGGAACUAACUGCAUCUGCAGAGUCCCCAAGAGCAAACUGGAAGUCGGAAGGAUCAUUGAAUGCACCCACUGCGGAUGUAGAGGUUGUUCUGGCUAAGUGCAGUUUUUGGAGAUCCAGUUUAUUUUCUGUUGGACAUCAGGGCUCACCCAGCCUCCAUCGGUCUACUCUCACAACCUUGAAGCAGCAUUGUCUUUAUUUCAGUCACCUGCAUUAGAAACAGUUCAUUGACAUCUUCACCACCAUCCUCAGCUGUCCUGAUAGAGGAUCAGUGUGUGGUUCUCUGCUGCUUUUAUAUAGGGGAGCAAUGGAGAAUACAACAAGAGGGGCCAUAUUGUUUUAAAUACAUUUGUUUAUCUGUGUGUUUCUUUUAUAUAGAUAACUAAAGCCCUCAUCUCCUAAAGCUCAAAGUAGGAGCUUUAGCUUUAGCUGUUUCUCGAUCAGGCUUGUCAUUCCAGCUAUACACACCCACUGUGAAGGUCAUUUUCAGUUCUUAUGUGUUUCAUUUCAUUUAAAGAGGGCUGGGAAGGAAAUGAUUUUUGUUUUGAAAUGCCGUUGACUUUUAAACCUUAAAACUUUUUCUUUGACAUUGUUAUUGUAGUAUAAUUUUAAAUAAAACAAUUCU